AUGGUGGGACAUGCACAGGGCAUUGUAACAACGGCUAUGCUGGACCACACUGUCAACCUGAUACAGUCACGUGUCCAGUUGGUAGAUACGGAAAAACGUGUCAGGACAACUGUAACUGUCCGAACAGACAAUCAACCGCCUGUGACAAUACGACUGGGGUGUGUACAGAACAGUGUAACCCCGGCUAUACUGGACAAGAUUGUGGCACGUGUCAAGUUGGGCGAUACGGACCCACAUGCCAGAACACAUGUAACUGUCCGAACCGACAAUCAAGCAUCUGUGACAAGACGACUGGGGCAUGUACAGGAAUGUGUAACCAAAACUAUACUGGAUCGAACUGUGAGGAAAACCCAGGUAAAAUAUCAUUUCCCCUGUUUAAAAGUGGUGAAGAGGACACAUGUCUCUGACCAAUCAACUGGAGCCACAGACAUGAGCACUGCAGCUUUAUCCUCGUCCACGACUGGGGCCAUUGUGGGAGGAGUACUGGGUUUCGCUGUUCUUCUCGCCCUUGUUGUUGUUGUUGUGAUAUUCCUGAGGCGAAGACGGAGGUCUGCACGAAGGAACUCGGAAUCUGAUUCUGACAAUAUCGUCAACAGGCCAAUCAUCAUAACUGACAGUCUCACGGGUUCAAAUAAAAGGGGCAGUCAUGCCACGAAUUCGGUCAUGUUAACCAAGAUCAUUGGUAUAAAUGAACUAGUGACAAUUGUCGGCUAUUGUGACGCGGAUCCAGAAGCCCUGGCGGAUGAAUUUGAGAAUUUACCUGGAGGUGUGUCGAAGAAGUCAGAGACAGCAUUCUUACCCCAACACGCGCACAAAUGCCGGUACAAAGGAAUGGUUCCAUAUGACCACUCUCGCGUUGUCUUGGAGCCACGUGACAGCGAUCCUUAUUCGGAUUUCAUCAAUGCCAGUUACAUUGAUGGAUAUUCUACGAAGAAGAAGUUUAUAGCGGCACAAGGACCCACGACGUUCAUCAUGAACGAUUUCUGGCGUAUGGUUUGGCAACUGAAUACGGACAUCAUCAUUAUGCUGACAAAACUAAAGGAGGGAAACAAGAUCAAAUGUGACCAGUACUGGCCGGAGUCAGGUAGCACCGUUUACGGCCACGUCACUGUGGAACUUCUGGCCACACACCAGUUUGAGGACUUCUGUGUGCGCACCCUGACUGUUCGAGCGGACGGCAAGGUGCGGACGCUCAAACAGUUCCACUUUACCCAUUGGGGUGAUCAUGAUGCCCCGGCUGAGACCACGGGGGUAAUUUCCUUACUGACUCGGGUACAGGAGGCCAAGGAUGAAGGAAAGGGACCCAUUGUCGUCCACUGCAGCGCUGGGGUGGGCCGGACAGGCACGUACAUCGCCCUGGACAUUUUACUGGAGCAAGCUCGGGCCGAGAAUCAAGUUGACAUUCCCAAGUAUGUGACACGCAUCCGGUCACAGAGGGCAAAUAUGAUCCAGACUCAGGGUCAGUUUACCUUCCUUCACCGUGUACUCCUUGAUGCCUGGGUUGGAGCUGACAGCAUUGUCACAACCCCGGAGUUUGCGCAGCAAUCCACAUCUUACUUCCGGCCUGUCCCGCCUAACAAUGUACCCAAGAUCCAGUCAGAAUUUGAGGCACUGGAGGUACUACAGAAUAAGUCGAGCUCUGAGGAUUUCAAGGCGGCGUGUACAGAGAAGAACAUCUCUAAGAACAGAGAUCCCGACCAUCUGCCGCCCGACAAAAGCCGUACAUUCCUGUCAACGUACAUCCCCGGCAGAACAGACUAUAUCAACGCCGUUUAUCUACGGGGUUACGAGAACAAGUUCGCCUACAUCUCCACUCAGAUGCCUUUACCGGACACUAUCAUCGACUUUUGGAGGCUUGUUCUCGAACAGAGGUCGUCAACGAUAAUAAUGCUGAAUACAGGACAAAACGAGGACGGUCAGUAUUGGCCGGCUGAUGAUGAAACUCGAAAUUUCGGUCCGUUUGAGGUACAGCAUCAAUGGACGACGUCAGAUGCAGGGAAUCUUGUUCGACAGCUCAACCUAUCCUAUGAGAAAGGAGAGCACAAGACUGAUCAGAUCCUGCGUCAGUUCUGUGUGAACCUAUGGAAGCCCGGUUCGGUGGUACCGGUCUCAGCAGAGCGGUUGAUCAACCUGCAGAAGACUGUUCAGGAAUGGCAGAGACAGAAUGACAACAGGCCCAUCAUCGUUCACUGCGUGAAUGGCGUGGACAAAACCGUACUGCUGUGUACCUGUUUCACUGUGUUGGAGAAACUAAAAGCGGAACACAUGAUCAGUGUACUGUACACUGUAAACACCAACCGGAAACACCGCCCCGGAGCUCUACCUAACUUGGAGCAGUAUGGAUUUUGCUAUGAAGUUGUUAGGACGUUCAUUGAGAGUUUCGAUACGUACGCCAACUUUGUCCCCUGA